AUGACAAUCCUAGGCCCUCAGGCUGUCACGUCUUUUCUGUCCUUCGUGGAGAGCUCCCCACAGGAGGUCAGACAGAAGGUCAGACAGGAGCCGACUGAUGAGGUUCUCAACGCCAUCCCCCAGCAGGAGGCGCAGGGGCCCCACGCUGCCCAAAGAGUGCCGCUCGGUCUCAAGGGGCAAACUGCAUCAACCGGGAACACAAAUAAGCUCUGUAUGGUGCAGACCGCCCGGGCACACUGGCUGGACAAGCUGGUGGAGCACCUGGUGCCUGCCUUCCUGGGCAGGGACCCCACCUUCGUCCCCACCUUUCUCCGGAACUACAGAACUUUCGCCACCACCCGACAGGUGUUGGACCUACUGUUGACAAGGUAUGGCUGCAUCUUCCCGUAUGCUGAAGAGGAUGGUGGGCCUGUGGACCAGCAGAAAAAGGCCAUCAUCUCCAUCCUGGGCAUGUGGCUGGACCAGUGCCCUCAGGAUUUUUUCCAGCCCCCAGACUUCCCAGGCCUGGUGGUGCUGCUGGCCUACCUGGAGCUCAAUUUCCCAGGCUCAGACCUGGAGCGCCAGGCCCAGCUGCUCCUUUCGGAGCUGGAGCGCUGCGAGCCCACAGAGGCGGAGGCUGAGGGUGAGGAGGACGCGGGGAGGCGAUGUGGGCGAAGCCAGAGUGGGCCCCGGGCGCAGCUUUCACUGACCUUCACGAGGCAGAAGAAGCACCUGCAGCGUGUGGGCAACUCCCUUCAGCUCCUGUGA